AUGUUCCGGGUCGAACUCCUCCAAGACACAUCAACGGCCACUCCAGGCUGGUCCUAUGCCCCAGCCCGGGGCUUCGACCCAACCCAAGCAAUGGCCCCUACCCUAGGUCGGAAACGCGGCAUCCGCGAUGCCGGCAAGGGCGGCGACAUAACCUCACGCCAAGCGAAUGCAAUAGCCCGCCACAUCGCCGAACUAGACCGCGAAAACCAACGCGACGUCUCAAUUCCAGUGCCAGUCCGACAAGCGCGCGAAGUCGCUGCACGCGGCAACCGGUCAAAAACAACCUCCAACGUCCGCCGCAUCCUCCAAUCCCAAAAAACAUUCCGCAACCACCUCGACGACGAAGAAGCAGCCAUAGCCCUAGGGACCGGCGGCGGGGCCGUCGCGCACAGCUCCAGCGCCGCAGCUGUCGCCGCGCGGGGCGCCAAAGCGCGCAGUUCCACGCCUGCCAGCGUGGCGGGCAAGAAACGGCCUUCUGCGGCUGUUACGGGUACAUCUACUGCUACGACAACAGCCGCGUCAACGCCCGCGCCAACAACAGCGGAGACGGGUGAUGAGGACGUUCCCGCGCGCAAACCCAAACUCAUCAAAUCAGAAUUCGAUCAGGAUCCCCUGCUACGCUCCUAUGCGCCGCCUGUUCCGUCUGAACGGCUUAUGAUGCGGUUGCUGUCUGAGCCGCCGCUUUCUUAUAAUGCUUCCCGAGCAAAGGCGCCGUCUUCUGCGAGGCCGGCACGGCAUUUUUGUUGUUUUGCAUGA